AAUAUUUUGUAUAUUUCUAGGUUUUCGAUAAUCAUGGCUGUAAAAGUAUUUCUCCUCUUCGCUGCGAGCGCCGCUUUGUGCGCAGCUCAGCCCGUGGACAGCAACCUGCCGGUCCUCAAGGAACCUCCCCGCGAAGUUACGUUCCGGGUGUCGUCCGCCAAUGCUCACCCCUUCACCAUCCCCUGCGCCACCACCACGCCCAACGACAAAGUUGUGUACGCCUGGACGAAAAACGGCAAACCGUUCCCCGUCAGCGACAACUCCCAAGACAUCAAAAUGCGCGCCGGCGAAGGGACUCUCAUCUUCAACAACCCCAAGGACUCUGACGAGGGCGUAUAUCAAUGCGUAGCCACAUCGACUGAAGGCGUUGCUGGUUCUAGAGCUAUCCACGUCAAGAAAACCUUCGUAGAGAUCCCUAAGUACACCCUCCAGAAGCAUACCCCUGAAGAAGGAAAGCCGUUCAAAAUGGAAUGCUCAGUAACCUAUGCCUACCCUAAACCGGUCAUUGAAUGGUACAGGCAAGGCAAGGAUGGCAAAUACGUGGAUAUUAUGGAGAAGAGGCUGCUGGAAUCGCCUGAGGGUGAUCUGUACUUUACUAAUGUGACUAAGGAAGAUGUUUCUAAGGAUGUGAAGUAUGUUUGCUUGGUUGCGACGCAGGCUGCAGAUGAUAAAUUGGUCGCUGCGGAACAUAUCAUUGAGGACCUGACUCCAGCCAAGGGCCCUGAGAGCGGAGAGCUGACGCCGCAGUACCUGAGCAAGGACAUGACCGUCAAGACUGGAGAAAUCGUCAUGAUGUACUGCAUCUACGGUGGCACCCCCAUGGCCUACCCUGACUGGUUCAAGAUCACCCGCGAAGGCACCCGCACCAACGUGAACGGGCAGCCGGGCGACCGCGUCACGCACCGCAACCGCAGCGCCGGCCGCCGCCUCUGGAUCACCAAGGUGUUGGCCGAAGAUGACGCGACUUAUGAGUGCGUCGCGAACAAUGGCGUCGGCAAGCCGCAGAGCCAUACGAUCAAGCUAACUGUCCAACAGGCCCCUGAGUUUACGCAGCAGCCCGAGCCCGUGAUGCUCGCCAAGGCUGGAGACGACGUCACCAUCCCCUGCAAAGUGCGCGGCGCCCACAAAAUCUCCUGGUCGUUCAACGGACAACCCCUUGAAGUUAAGGAACCCAAGGAUACCCUGACCCUGAGCAAGGUGCAGAAGAAGGACAACGGUUACUACGGCUGCAAUUGCACUAGCACCGUCGGAGACGUCUACGCGGAGACUCUCGUGCACGUCGCAUAGAUGUUUUCACUUUUAGUUCAUUCUGUUGUU